AUGUCAUCUUCAGACGCACACUUCGAAGGCUGGGUCGGCCACGACAAGUCGUGCAUCGGCAACAUGAAGUGGGAAAAGUACACUCCCAAGGCAUGGCGCGAGACCGACGUCGAGAUCAAGAUCGAGGCCUGCGGCGUAUGCGCUUCUGACCUGCACACCGCUCGAUCCGGAUGGGGACCCACCAAGUACCCCUGCGUUGUGGGCCACGAGAUCGUCGGAACCGUCUCUCGCGUGGGUAAGGAGGUCUCCGGCUUCAAGAUCGGCGACCGCGUCGGUGUAGGUGCCCAGUCCGACUCUUGCAAGAGCUGCGGUGCCUGCAAGGCCGGUCAGGAGCCUUGGUGCGAGAAGGGCAUCGUGGGAACCUACAACGGCGACUACUCGGUCACAGACGGUUCCGGUUUCUCCAUGGGUGGGUAUGCCAAGUACUCGCGCGUACCCGCUCACUUUGCAGUGCACAUCCCCGAGGGUCUGCCUUCGACCGUGGCUGCCCCCAUGAUGUGCGGAGGUGUCACCGUGUACAACCCGCUCAAGAGCAACGGCUGCGGUACCGAAGGCUUCAAGCGAGUCGGUGUCGUUGGAAUCGGAGGUCUCGGCCACUUUGCUCUCAUCUUCGCCAAGGCCCUCGGCGCCGAAAAGAUCACCGCCAUCUCCCACACCCACUCCAAAGAGGACCUCGCCCGCACACUGGGCGCGACCGACUUCAUCGCCUCCGCCGACGAAAAUGCUUACGCUCCCCACAAGCGCUCCCUCGACCUCCUCGUCGUCACCAACAACAACGCCGACAUGCCAGUGAACGAGUACCUGCAACUCGUCCGUCCCCACGGCAAAGUCGUAUUUGUGGGAAUCCCCGAGGAACCUCCCAUGCCUACGCCGAUCGGCCAGUUGAUCUUCAGCGGUGCCUUCCUCGGUGGCUCGGCCAUCGGUGGUCCCGGCAUCAUCAGGGAGAUGCUCGAAUUGGCCGCAGAGCAGAACUUGCAGCCCAUGAUCGAGGAACGCGACAUGCAGGACGCCAACAAGGUCGUCACUGACAUGGACGCCGGAAAGCCCCGAUUCCGCUACGUCAUGGUCAACAAGGACUACGAGCCUGUCAAGGCAUAA